GUAACACACACAGCACUUAACAGACCAGACCUUGUCUGCUUUGCUUUGUUUUUAUUUCACUGUGCGUGUUUCUGUCUCUGUCUCUGUCUCUCUCUCUAAAACUUUCUCACUCUACCUGACUCAAAUUCUCUAGUUUUAUCGUUUUCCCGUAGCAGAUCUCACUCAUUUGCCGCCGGGAACCGGAUCGGACUGGAACCUUCUGGAAUGCCUCCAGUCUGAUUGAUCAGUAGAAGAAGCCUGUGGCGUUGUUGCGAUGGGCCAGUGUUAUGGGAAGACCAAUCCCACGGCGGAGAACGACCAUGACCCCAACACAACCACCAUCAUUUCCUCCGCCGGAGACGCCGCCCGUUCCCCGGCUCCCUCCGCUGCGAAUGGGUUCCCGUCGGUCAAGAGCACGCCGGCUCGGAAUUCCUCCACGCACCCCAGCCCCUGGCCGAGCCCCUACCCUCACGGCGUGAACCCGAGCCCAUCGCCGGCGAGGGCCUCGACGCCGAGGAGAUUCUUCCGGCGUCCGUUUCCUCCGCCGUCGCCUGCGAAGCACAUAAGGGCAUCUCUGGCGAAGAGGCUGGGGCAGGCGAAGCCCAAGGAGGGGCCAAUCCCGGAGGAUCGCGGGGCGGAGCCGGAGCAGGCUCUGGACAAGAGCUUUGGGUACAGCAAGAGUUUUGGAGCUAAGUAUGAGCUGGGGAAGGAGGUGGGUCGAGGGCAUUUCGGUCAUACCUGCUCUGCAAGGGGAAAGAAGGGUGAACUCAAAGACCAACCUCUUGCUGUUAAAAUCAUUUCCAAGGCCAAGAUGACCACGGCUAUAGCAAUUGAAGAUGUUCGUAGAGAGGUGAAGCUGUUAAAAGCUCUGUCUGGCCAUAAGCAUCUUGUCAGAUUUUAUGAUGCCUGCGAGGAUGCCAAUAAUGUGUACAUAGUUAUGGAAUUGUGUGAAGGGGGAGAGCUUCUUGACCGAAUUUUGUCAAGGGGAGGAAGGUAUACAGAGGAGGAUGCGAAAGUUAUAAUUUUGCAGAUUCUAAGUGUAGUUGCCUUUUGUCAUGUUCAAGGUGUUGUGCACCGCGACCUGAAACCCGAGAAUUUCCUCUUCACUUCAAGAAGUGAAGAUGCUGACAUGAAGCUUAUCGAUUUUGGUUUAUCUGACUUCAUCAGGCCAGAUGAACGGUUGAAUGACAUUGUUGGGAGUGCAUAUUAUGUUGCACCUGAGGUCCUUCACAGGUCUUAUAGCGUGGAAGCAGAUAUAUGGAGUAUUGGGGUUAUUACCUAUAUCUUAUUAUGUGGAAGCCGGCCUUUCUGGGCACGAACAGAAUCUGGAAUUUUUCGUGCAGUUCUGAGAGCUGAUCCUAACUUUGAUGAUUUACCUUGGCCAUCUGUAACUCCAGAGGCCAAGGACUUUGUCAAAAGGCUCCUAAACAAGGACUACAGGAAGAGAAUGACUGCUGCCCAAGCUCUAACUCACCCUUGGUUGAGAGAUGACAGCCGCCCUAUCCCUUUAGAUAUAUUAAUUUAUAAGCUGGUGAAGUCUUAUCUUCAUGCGACGCCAUUCAAACGUGCAGCAGUAAAGGCCCUUUCAAAAGCCUUGACAGAGGAACAGUUGGUGUAUCUUAGGGCGCAGUUCAGAUUAUUGGAACCUAAUAGAGAUGGGCACAUCUCCCUUGAUAAUUUCAAAAUGGCCCUUGCACGUCAUGCAACUGAUGCCAUGAGGGAGUCAAGGGUUCUUGAUAUCAUACAUAUGAUGGAACCACUUGCCUAUAGAAAGAUGGAUUUUGAAGAAUUUUGUGCAGCUGCAACUAGCACAUAUCAAUUGGAGGCACUUGAUAGGUGGGAAGACAUUGCCAGUGCUGCUUUUGAGCAUUUUGAGAGAGAGGGCAACCGUGUGAUAUCGAUUGAAGAAUUAGCAAGAGAGUUGAAUCUUGGUCCUUCAGCUUAUUCAAUUCUGAGAGAUUGGAUACGCAGCAGUGAUGGGAAGCUUAAUUUACUUGGAUACACAAAAUUUUUGCAUGGCGUGACUCUCCGGUCUCCAGUCCCAAGACCCCGUUAGUGUUAAGCCCAUUGGCAGUGGGGAAAAUGAUUUAUAGGUUUUUAAGGGAUUUUUUUCCUUUUUUUUUCUUUUGGGGCUGGGAAAAGAAGAAUGUGUACAAAUGAAUGUGUUAGAGUCGAUUUUAUGUUUAUGCUCCUCCGGGUUUGGGCCCAUGCGUAUUCAUUGGUUUGUGAAUGUGAAAAGAACUACAAAGUCAAAAUUAAAGUAACUUAUAUCAA